AUGAUUGGAGCUGAUAUGAUUGGAGCAGACAUGAUUGGAGCUGACAUGAUUGGAGCUGACAUGAUUGGAGCUGACAUGAUUGGAGCUGAUAUGAUUGGAGCUGAUAUGAUUGGAGCUGACAUGAUUGGAGCUGACAUGAUUGGAGCUGAUAUGAUUGGAGCUGACAUGAUUGGAGCUGACAUGAUUGGAGCUGAUAUGAUUGGAGCUGACAUGAUUGGAGCUGACAUGAUUGGAGCUGAUAUGAUUGGAGCUGACAUGAUUGAAGCUGAUAUGAUUGGAGCUGACAUGAUUGAAGCUGAUAUGAUUGGAGCUGAUAUGAUUGGAGCUGAUAUGAUUGAAGCUGACAUGAUUGAAGCUGACAUGAUUGGAGAUGAUAUGAUUGGAGCUGAUAUGAUUGAAGCUGAUGUGACUGUUCUACACUGUAUAUAUCUAUAUGACUGA